AUGGCGUGUACUAUAGUUGCUUAUCACGAUUACCCUGUAUCUUUACGUCGAAGUUCGUGCCUGAAGACGGCUCCCUGUCUCGUAAUGGCAGCAGCUAUUACGAUGCAAAUGUUGUGCUGGGUUUCUAUCGUCUUAAUAAGUCACGGAAGCAGUUUGAACGUGAAUCGUCCUACGAACAGAUGGGCCCGCAGUGAUGACGCCUCAGACGGUUGGCAGGCCUCCAAUGGGCCGUACAAUCCGGGGCCUUACCCAAUAUCUCGGCCGACAGUUACAGAAGUUAUCCCUACGGCUUCCACGACUUCCACGGCCUCCACGGUCCCUAAGGCAGACGAAGGAUUACAUUUUCUUACGGCAGCUUCACCCGAAGGUUUCUACGAAGUUAUGGUGGGAAAAAAGAGUCCGAUUUCAGGAAUGAUGGGAGCCGGUGGUAACUAUGUUUCAACUGGGUCACCGGAUGUGAUUAUAGGCCGGGUCAUGUCGUCAACGGGUGGGAUUGAAUCAACCACAACCACAUCGGGCAUAGGUUAUUCUCAUCCGCCUGGUCUCGUCAGUUCGACAACAACUGUCGUCGAAGACGAAAAGAAGAAAACAGAAGCGGAGAAAGAAGCGGAAGAGCGGACCGAAAUCAGGGACGCGCUUGAAAUGGAAAGUCGUUCCACUUCAGCUGAUAUUUUUAUUAAGAAGAACGAUUACACAUUGCCACCUGGUAGCUUUUACUUGCCAGCCGUGUCGAGGAAAGAUCAUAAAUAUUACUCUGAUUCAGAAAAAGCCAUCUAUAUUCCGCUUCGGCGAAAAGAACCACAGAUUCAAUCUUUCCCUGUUAGAACUCGUGUUGUUCUGGUGAACAAGAACAAGCCAGUUACACCAGUGGUUUUCAGCCCACCACCUGCAUUUUACAAUAAAAAAGAUGAUGACGAGGAAGAAGAGGAAGUAGAAGAGGAACAGGAAGAUAGAACCGCAGAUGAAGAAGACCAGGACAAUGAGGACGAUCAGACAGCGAAAGAUGAUCAAUCGACAACCCCUGUCCAAUCCCAUUCGAGCGCUUUAGACCUAGUAAUGACCCUGUACCCUAAUUUACCCAAACUGAUACCUACUCCUUAUUUCAGCACGCAAAACAUCAAGAACUUUCUGAAACUUCACGGUAGACCACCUAACAUUGGCGCAGAAGUGAGCAGCGGUAGUUCGACUAGCGUUAUUCACGAGGUCAAAGUGGUCACCCCUCCGCAAGGUUAUUUACCCCAGUUGUUGCCAAAGCCCACAAUCAAACCUUCCCUCAUCAAAGAGAAUGCCCUUCUGACCCAGUCGAGAUUACCGAGCAAAGCGAACGCUGGUGCUGUCUCAUUCUAUCCGUCCAAUUGGACGUAUCAGCUAACCGCACCGACGACGGGUCCCACGAGAACAACAAUUCAAUUCGUCCCUUUCACUUCCGAAGAUAUCAGCCCGUUGAACUUUCUACUCCCGUCAGUAGCGUCUGCCACGGAAAGAGUCACGGCCACAGAUCAACCGGAUGCGCGUUCGAACUAUGUUGUUGGCAUUUUGCCUCCUCCUAACGGGGACUUGAUUGCCGAUGCGAACGUGCAUAUCACGCAGAAAGAACCCAUAAAAAUCGUCCCUGCUCCGAAACUAGAUUUUUCUUGGAAUCAAUACCAGCCAGUACCAUCUGAAACUGCUCCACAAUCAAAUGAAGGAGGGGACUUUACCUCGCCUAAUGUUCUCCCUAAUAACGAUAGAAAAGAAAAUGACUUGCAACAAGUUCAGAAAGGGCAAGAUCCCCAACAUGAAACAAGAAUCAGUCCGGUCCAACAAGAGCAAUCUCCUGGAGAAACCGCCGAAGUAGUUGUCCGAAGUAAAAUGGCUACGUCCGAGAACAAUUCGGGAAAUGAUGGGCAUUGGUUAGAAAACACAGAUUCAGCCGAUAUCAUAACGGGCUUUUUUAGCGGACCAGCCAUUUCGUCAACGAUAAAACCCAUACAAGAUGAAAGAGAAAUACAAACAACAACGCCGCCGAUACCGAGGACAACAAUUCCCCCCAUUCCCGUAGAACAAAUCGCCACAACGACGGUAGUGAGCCGAGAUGACGAGAUCGCCAGACCGGCAAUACCAUCGAUUCCCGAGCUUCACGGCAAUUUCCAGCCGAGUUUUGGGAAGUUUCCUUAUAAUAAUAGGCCACAAGAUCAUCCUCGUCAACCAGAACUGGCAUUCAAUGUACCGCUAGUGUCGCAGUCGCCGGCCAUACGUGUCGCCAAAAAUGAUGAGAAUAGCAGCAGCAUCUUUUCGGCUUCUCUUGGCUUACCCAAUCUUGCGGAUGACCAGCACGUAGCUGGAUCUCAGAUUCACGAGACGUCCGUUUACGAAGAAAAUAUUCCCCGCGUCCGGCCAAUCAAACCGCAAUCGGCUGCAUCAGAAGGCGAAGGCAAGUCAUCGACACCGUUUUACAAGGUGGGGAAAAUGUCACCUCAAGGAGCCAUGUACACUGUUACUCAGGGCCAUUCCAAAGUUAAGUUCUUCGGGUACAAUGCAUUGCACAAUGGAGAACUGAAACCGAUUGAAGGCAAAUAUUUCACUAGCCUUCUUAAGAAGCACGAGCAACAGCAGCGCGAUUCCGAUUGGAAGUUCAGCCCUUAUUUACCUGUCAGAUUGUCUAGUGGCGGUACUAAUCCGGCUUUCAAAAUCAUUCCUAAGAAAUCUAUCCCGAUUUCAAAUGGAAAGAAAUCGACUAUAAGGCCCGUCUUCUUCGCAAAGAGACCCAGCAGUUCAAAUACUGCAAAUGGCCCAUCUUCUAAUGACGGUGAAGAUCCGUCCAGCGACGCGUCCUGGCUUCCCAGUAUUGCUGUCAGCGAACCUUUCGAGUAUCACGCUCAUCUUCAGAAAAUGGCCCAAGAUCAAGGCCGCCUUCCAACAAGCCAAUCGCCCCCCACAUAAUCAAGAAAACUAUUGCGGAAAAUGUGACGUUUUGUCCCCUUUUGCCCUAUUUAUUUAGUUUAACCACUGUUCAUAAUUACCUAGAUGACCUGACAUCUCCUACAUGAUCGUAUCAGCAGCUUACACUUACACACACACACAAAAAAAACACAAAAAACACACAAAAUUACGCUCUAAUGUGAUUGAUCCAUGUUAUUUAUAUGUUAAUCGUGUGACUUAACAAAACACUAUAUGAAUAAAGGAUCUAACAAACUUAAAA